GCUUCUAUGAUGCUGAAUUGGUUGGGUAGAGACAACUUUUAAUCUAUUAGUGGCCUGACUAGAAAAUGUCUGAAAACAAAAGCCAAACUCCUGUUGCUGACACCCCAGAGAGCAGGGAACAUGGACAGCAGAAUGUGGUGAGCAGGGUGGCCAACAUGCCUUUGGUCAGCUCUGCCUGUGAUCUGGUUUCCAUGGCCUACACCUCCACUAAAGAGCGCCAUCCCCACAUCAGAGCUUUGUGUGAUGUGGCAGCUAAAGGAGUGAAGACUAUGACUGAAGCUACAAUCAGCUGUGCACAGCCAGUUCUGACUAAACUUAAACCUCAGAUUGCAGCGGCAAACGAAUUUGCCUGCAAAGGACUGGAUAAGCUGGAGGAGAAAGUGCCAAUCCUUCAACAGCCGACUGAUAAGGUUCUUUUGGAUGCCAAAGAGUUGGUGACAGGUACCAGGGAUGCCAUGAACAGCAGAGUGACUGAGGUGCUGGACAAGACCAUGGAGGCAGCAAAAUCAGCAGUAACCAGCAGCAUGAGCACAGUCAUGGGCUCUAGACUGGGGCUUGGGGCUGUGAGCAGAGCAGAAGCUGUGCAGGGGAAAUCAGCAGACAUGGUGGAUCACUCCCUCCCCAUCACAGAUGAUGAACUAGCUAAAUUAGCAGCCUCUGUGAAGGGGUUUGAGGUGGCUUCUGUGGAACAGCAGCAGAAGUACUUUGUGCAUCUGGGGUCUCUGUCCACUGAACUCCGCCAGUGUGCCUACCUGCAGUCCGUGGGCAAAGUGAGACUGCUUCAUCAGAGCAUGCAGGAGAACCUCUCUCAGAUCCAGCACACCAUAGACCUGAUUCAGAAUGUUAAGCAGAGUGUAGGUAAAAAACUACACCAGGAUCAGCAGAAGCUGCAUCAGUUGUGGCUGGAGUGGACUAAGAAGGAGCUUGCAGUAACUGACACAGGAUCUGCACAGCCAGAGCAGGUGGAUGCCCUGGUUCUGGUCAUGUCUUGGAGAAUCACCCAGCAGCUGCAGACCAUGUGCUUGAACCUAGUCAUUAUCAUCCAAGGCCUUCCUACCAGCAUUCAGGACAAGAUGCAGCAGGCUCAUCACAAUCUGCACGAGGUCCAUGCGGUCUUCUCCAAGGCCAGUUCCUUCCAGGGCCUGUCUACCAGUAUCCUGACCUGCAGCAAGCAGAAGCUACUCAAGGCCCAGGAAUAUGUGGAUGGACUGUUUGAAUAUGCGGUGCAUAAUGCUCACCUUUCCUGCCUAGUGGGACCCUUUACCUCCUGUGGCAGAACCUCCUGUAGAAUUGCAGCACCAGGAAGACUGUAGGAUGGAGACAGAUUAGAGAAUCCUGCUAACAUCUUUGCCAAAUACAAGCAUUACUUUUCUAGACAUAAGGCAGCUGAUGGGGAGGGGAGAGAGAAUAGCCUGGUAUCAUAGAGAAUUGUAGCUCUCCUGCAAGAGGAGGCUGAAAGUCCACAUAUCCAAGCCUGCUAUAGAAUCCUAGUGCUAGCGUAAUGUUGCAGGAAAUAAACUGAAGUAGUAUUGAUGAGCUGUAUAGUUUCUGAACUACAUUCCCCACCCAUGCAUGGGUAACACCAUGGGUUAGAUAAUACCCCUUAAGCUGGAACAUCCCUCAGUGUUAGGCUUGAGACCUUAAGGUGGUUCUCCAUGCAAAUGGUACAUAUCAAACAUGCAGUUCUCAUCUAUCAGUCAUGUAUUGUAUUGCUAUUCACUUAAUCAAAGCUGCAUGCAAAGGAAUAGAUUACUAGGAGAGCUAACCUAGUCAGUGGUGCUUAAAGCACUUUCUAGAUCAUUUCAAAGCCUAGUACAAAUUUCCUGGACAUGGAGGGUGUAAACCUUGAAUUAGUAGGCCAUAAAUAUAGAACUACCAGAUACCUGUUGUGCAGCUGUCUAGAGCAAAACUUUCUAGAGGAUUUCUUUCCUGUGCAGCAGGUGUUUGGGUAGACCCUGAGCUGCUGAUACCCACUCUCCCCUCUACUCUAAGCAAUCAACUGCUUGUAUUGCAACACUUCUAUGCAUUUAAUUCUAACAAAGAAGCAAAGCUGGUGCUGUGUGGUUGUCCAAAAUGUAAAAGCUGCCUGUAUGUGAAAAGAUGUGACUAAGAUCUCUACUGAAAACCCUUUUAUUUUUGAGACUAAACGUGCUUUGAUAUGAGUGGUCUCCAUCUCUUACUAAGUGUUCCCCUAACCCGAUCUUAAGCUGGGAGCAGGAGCACUGCUCCUUUGUUAAACCUUCCUUGCUUGUUACUCAGGCUGGGUGAACAUGGGGAGGAGAGUCUAAAAAUGUGAAACAGUGCAGCCUACAUCUAACGCUCACCAUGCAGCUGGCAGGAGGAGGGGAAAGACUUCUGUCCUUCCUAAAUCAGAAUUAACUACCUGUGCUUAAGGCUGGGCACUGGCAACUCCUGCCUCCUAUUCCUACCUCCUAAAAUAUGUG